GUCGCACCGGUCUGAAACUUCCGGUAAAAAGUAAACAAAGUCACUCUUAGUUUUUUAUUUAUUUUAGGCAAAUAGAAGCAAAAUACACAUAAAAUGAUAUAGAUAGCUUGCACGUGUGUUUAGUGUGUUUUCAAACCAAGAUGGCUGCCAGCCAUGAGCACUGUACUUCCUGCCACCGUAUGAACUGUAUGAUGAAACCAGAUGACAUCACAUCCUGUGCUCUUAUCUACUGCCAAGCAGGCUGUGGCUUUCGAUUCCAUAACUGUAAAAGUGAGGACCACAAGAAAAUAUGUCUGAAAGAGAAGGUUCCUUGCAUAAACUUCGUGAAUGGGUGUCCAAUUGAACUGACCAGGGAGAAAAUAUCUGGACAUUUACCAGUGUGUCCAGCAAGUGUGGUGCUGUGCCCUCGAGAGUGGAAUCGCUGGCCAAUGCAUUCUCAGGACAAAGGUUGGAAAGCCCCAAUGCCUUUCAAAAAUCCACAUGUUAAGUGUGGUCAGAUUGAUGUUGCAUUUGCUCUUAGAGAUCAAAGAAUGUUGAUGGAUUCAUUCAAAACACCUCGAAAGACUAGAAGAAUAUUGCGCAAUCCCCUGACACAGUGCUACCCAGCAGUGCCUAUUCAGUCCCACUCCAGUGUUCUUGACAGUCCCACUUCUGAAACUUCCCAGCUUUCAGACGAUGAAUCAGGAACUCCCUGGGACCUAACCCAGUCCCCACCUGGCUUGCAACAAACCAUAUUGAAUCAGUUGUCUUCAAACAGUACAAAUCAGCUUUAUGCAGCUUCAAAACAAACCACUGAAAGUUUGACUAAAGCCCUGGAUUAUGUGACAGGUAGACAAGGAUUGAAACGUUUAGCAGAAAUAGCAAAGAUGAAGGAAAUGUCAAGCAAUACUGAUCAAGACACAGAUCAGAUAAAUAAAAAACUUGAAGCAACGAAUAUACAUGAUUCUAAUAAUACUUCAAGCGACAUAUCAUACAUGCAAAAUGACAGUCCAUUGACUGCUAACAACAAUGAAGAGGAAGAUGAGCUUGAAGUUUUCUAUACAGAGAAAAAACUUUUUGAAAUCCUUGGUUUAGAUCUAACUAUGCAUUUUAUUUCAUCUUACCAGCCAAAGCCAUUAAAAAUGUUCACAUUUCUUUGUGGUCGCGAGUUCCGCAGAGAUGAAUAUCCAUGGCACGUUAAGAACUUUCAUUCAGAUAUUCAGUGUAAUCUAAAUAGCUGGUUCGAACAGCGUUGCCCAUUAUCCUAUCUUGGGUGCACUUUUGCUUUCCAAAGGUUUAAACCCAAAAACCCCACCGGAGUCAUUGUACACAGUCCAGUACUUCAGAGUUUUGGGUUAUGUGAAGAGGAACAGUUUGAAACGUCCAGAGAUCGAAGUGAAAAAAAUCUAACAGAGGAGGAAGAUAUUAGGACAACGACUGGUCGUAAACGUUUAAGGGAGGCUACCCCAGAGAUACUUACCUCGUACAAAUGUGAUUCAGUAGUUCGAGUGAUCCCGAGAUAUAAAUCGGAAUCACGAGAAGUGUCGCCAGUGAAGCUACAAAAAGAAUUUGAUGGACAUUUACAUUCGUUGACAGACUUACCAUUUGAAGUACUGCAAAAUAUAGCAAGGAAUUUAGACAGUUUUAGUAUCCAACAUUUGUCAAUGACAUGUAAACUUCUGCAGAGUGUGUGCUGCAGUCUGCUGGAUGAACGUGGAAUUGUCUCACUAGUCUGGGAGAAGAGAAGUCCCGCAGGAUCGGGGCCAUUGUGGAAUGUGACUUACAAGAAAUGGCAAUAUAGUGUUGGAUUUCAGCCUAUACGUCAGUGGCGUUUCCAUGACAACAGUUCUAGUGCAAUAGCAAAUCACUUGAAAAUUUGUGUCUUUAAUACUGAUAUAGAUAGAAAUAUUCACAGUGACUCUGUCAAAUUGGUCCAUGAUGUGAAGGAGAUAGAAGGUAUGAGUCGUCAGGAGCUUAUGCUGAAGAAAAGGGAAGCAAGAAAGUUAAGGGAAAUAAGACCAGGUCACAUUUUCAAUUCUGUGAUGCAGCAUAUUUAGGUGUGAGAUAUUAAAAAGUGUUACCAAGCUGUGGAAAAGAUUUUUAGUUUGACUGUUCCAAGAAUAUGUAGAGCUAUUGGACUCACCCAUGUGUUGCGUGUCGGCAUCUGCAUCAGGGUCCCAUUUUGGUUAAGUUUUGUAUGUAAGCUGGUAUCUCAUAUCCACAAUUUUGAAUGGAUUGAAACUUCACACACUACUUGUGCACUGUGAUUAUUUGACUUACAUUGCAGAGGUUCCAUAACUCUGUUUUAAAUUUUUACAAAGUAUUGUCCCUUUCUUGGUUUAGCAAUUGUUUGGUUAAGUUUUGUGUGUAGCCAGUAUCUCAGCAUCCACUAUUGGGAAUGGAUUGAAACUUUUCACAUUUGUUCACUGUGCCAUAACUCUAUUUUGCAUUUAACAAAGUUAUGUCCCUUUUCAACUUUGUAAUUUUUGGUUACGUUUUUGUUUGUUAACUGGUAUCUUGAUAACCACUUGUGGGAAUGGUCUGAUACUUAACACACUCAUUCAUUGUGGUGAUAUGACAUGCAAUUCUUAGGUCCCAUAACAUUGGUUUUUUUUUUACACAAAGUAAUGCCCUGUUUUUAACUUCACAAUUUUUCUAGUGUAAUCUUUUAUCUCAUUAAGCAUCGUAAAAAGGGACAUUUCUAAGACUAUAAAUUGUUGCCCAUUUUUGUAACUGAAACUGAAACUUGUUUAUGUCUAUGUUUUUAUUAUUUUGAUUUUUUAGCUCACCUGUCACAAAGUGACAAGGUGAGCUUUUGUGAUCGCGCGGUGUCCGUCGUCCGUCCGUCCGUAAACUUUUGCUUGUGACCACUCUAGAGGUCACAUUUUUCAUGGGAUCUUUAUGAAAGUUGGUCAGAAUGUUCAUCUUGAUGAUAUCUAGGUCAAGUUCGAAACUGGGUCACGUGCCGUCAAAAACUAGGUCAGUAGGUCUAAAAAUAGAAAAACCUUGUGACCUCUCUAGAGGCCAUAUAUUUCACAAGAUCUUCAUGAAAAUUGGUCAGAAUGUUCACCUUGAUGAUAUCUAGGUCAAGUUCGAAACUGGGUCACGUGGGGUCAAAAACUAGGUCAGUAGGUCUAAAAAUAGAAAAACCUUGUGACCUCUCUAGAGGCCAUAUUUUUCAUGAGAUCUUCAUGAAUAUUGGUCAGAAUGUUUAUCUUGAUGAUAUCUAGGUUAAGUUUGAAACUGGGUCACGUAGGGUCAAAAACUAGGUCAUUAGGUCUAAAAAUAGAAAAACCUUGUGACCUCUCUAGAGGCCAUAUUUCUCAAUGCAUCUUCAUGAUAAUUGGUCAGAAUGUUCAUCUUGAUGACAUCUAGGUCAAGUUCGAAACUGGGUCACGUGGGGUUAAAAACUAGGUCAGUAGAUCUAAAAAUAGAAAAACCUUGUGACCUCUCUAGAGGCCAUAUUUUUCAUGAGAUCUUCAUGAAAAUUGGUCAGAAUGUUCACCUUGAUGAUAUCUAGGUCAAGUUUGAAACUGGGUCAUGUGCGGUCAAAAACUAGGUCAGUAGGUCUAAAAAUAGGAAAACCUUGUGACCUCUCUAGAGGCGAUAUUUUUCAAUGGAUCUUCAUGAAAAUUGGUCAGAAUGUUUACCUUGAAGAUAUCUAGGUCAAGUUCGAAACUGGGUCACGUGGGGUUAAAAACUAGGUCAGUAGAUCUAAAAAUAGAAAAACCUUGUGACCUCUCUAGAGGCCAUAUUUUUCAUGAGAUCUUCAUGAAUAUUGGUCAGAAUGUUCAUCUUGAUGAUAUCUAAUUCAGAUUCGAAACUGGGUCACGUGGGGUCAAAAACUAGGUCAGUAGGUCUAAAAAUAGAAAAAACCUUGUGACCUCUCUAGAGGCCAUAUUUCUCAAUGGAUCUUCAUGAAAAUUGGUGAGAAUGUUCAGCUUGAUGAUAUCUAGGUCAGGUUCGUAUCUGGGUCAUGUGCGGUCAAAAACUAGGACAGUAGGUCGAAAAAUAGAAAAACCUUGUGACCUGUCUAGAGGCCAUAUUUUUCACGAGAUCUUCAUGAAAAUUGGUGAGAAUGUUCACCUUGAUGAUAUCUAGGUCAAGUUUAAAAGUGGGUCACGUGCCUUCAAAAACUAGGUCAUUAGGUCAAAUAAUAGAAAAACCUUGUGACCUCUCUAGAGGCCAUAUUUUUCAAUGAAUCUUCAUGAAAAUUGGUCAGAAUUUUUUAUCUUGAUGAUAUCUAGGUCACAUGUGCUCAAAAACUAGGUCACUAUGUCAAAUAAUAGAAAUAACGAUGUCAUACUCAGUUGAACACUGGGUCAUGUGGAGAUAGGUGAGCGAUUCAGGACCAUCAUGGUCCUCUUGUUUUAAUAACUGCUUUAGAAUAGACAAAUGUUACUGUGAAAUUCAUGUACAGUGUAUAACCCUUUACACUGAACUUGAUAUUUAAAUUAUAUGGGCACUUGUGUUCUCUUCUAGACCAGAAAAUGGCAGAGGAGAAUCAGCAGUAACAAUAAAUAAUGCCAGGUUGUUGCAUUGUCAUUUCUGUAGCUUAUUUAGCAUUUAGAUUAUAAAAACCUGUCUGUCACAGGUUUUUUUCAACAUUUUAACUGACUGUUCGUCUGGACAUUUUUUUCCCUAUCAUAUAAAAGAACAGAUCCAGUUUGUAUAUAAAAAAUCUAGAAAUGAUGUUUCUGACACCAGUCUGUUUUUCUAUUGGUAAGCUGACUACAUGUACCAGUCUAUCUGCUGUUAUUUGAGAAAAACAACUCCAUUUAGGUCUCACUUGUUAAUUAAUUUCUCCCACAUUAGCUAUUUCCAUAUCAUUUAAGUAACUGUUGUCACAGUAACAAUUUUCUUAUUGAUUGAUUAUUCACUGAUGGUAUUAAACUCUGUAUACAGGGAUUGUCUACCUUGAUAGGGUAAGUAAGACUUAAAAGUACACAAUAUUGGAUAGAUGUUGAUGUCAGUGGGAGUACAGUGAUUUUAGAUGAUGAUAAAUAUGUGCAAGUCCUGUAAAAUCAGAAAUCUUAAAGAGAGAUUUAUUUUCGUCUUACUAGCUUUAGAACUGAAAGUAUCCGCCAAAAUAAAUACUUGCUAAAGUGUUGUUGUUGUUGUAAGAAGUCCACAUUAUUUUACAGGGGCUUCCAUGGCCAAGCGGUUAAAGUCGCUGACUUUUGAUUUCUUGCUCCUCACCGCUGUGGGUUUGAAAUCUUGCUUUGGGUGUGGAGUUCUUUUUAUCUGGGGACUUCAUUCAGCUGGCUUACAGAAGGUCAGUGGUUCUACCUAGUUGCCCCCCCCCACCACCCACCCACCAAUCCCCCCUUCACCUCCCAUGCCUGAAAUAAUGCUUUGGGGCACCUGGGGUCUUCCUUUACUACAAAAAUUUGAACAGUUGCCAUAUACAGUAUUUGCAUAAGCAUGAUGUUACACCCAGCAAAAACAGAUAUAACAGUAUACAUAUUUUUAAGCUCAUACACCAUAAAUUGUGUUUUUUGCACACUUAAUUUGAUAAUAAUUUAAAAGUCACAAACUUCUAACUUCAAAAAAAAUAUCUGAUUUCCGUAUAAAUGCUUGAAUCACCAUGAUUUAAAUGCUUGAAUCACCAUGAUAUUUACUAUAAUUUUGUUCUGUGGUCAAAUACAAACUCGUUUCAUUUACAUAGUGACAGUAUCAAGAUGUAUGCUUAGAUAAUUUGAGUUUCACUGUGUCACUGCCCACAUUUUUUGUCAUGUUUGCUUGUUUUGUUUUAUGCCAUGUAGUUCUUUGUAAAAAUACAGUGUUUUUCUAAGAUUUUGUCAGAAAAAUACAUUAUGCUACAGUAGUUUUUAUAGAUGAGGAAAUUUAGAAGUAGACAUGGAAUGGUUAUUGUACCAGUUACUGCAUAUUUUAAAAUAUGUACAUGUACUAUAGUUCUAGGUUUGUAAUAGAUGCAAUCCAUAAUACUCAAGACUGUAUGAAAAUAUUGUAAUAUGAUUCAUCAUUCAAAUUAUUGCAUAUUAUGUUGUUAUAUUAUCAUUAUUUUAUGAAUCAAAAAUUGAUAUUCAGCAGCUUUACUGUCAUGUGAUAGACUAAUGAAGAAAUGUGAUUCUGAUAUGUCUUAUGUUUUUGUUAUUUAAGGUAGUUGUAUAUGUUUAUAUCAAAUAUUUGAUUAUUCUGAUAUUUCUUCCUGUUUUAUUAAAGUAGUUGUUCAUCUCCAUAUCAAAAAUGUUUGUGUCAUGUAGAGUACACUUUUGUAUGAUUUGAUUAAGAUUUUACAAUACUAUAGAAUAGACUGAGAAAAGUCAAGGAAUAUAAAAAGACAAAAUGAGCAGUAAUACAGUAAAAUUGCAAGGUUUUACUUCUAGUUGUACCUGGUAAUUCAGUAAAUACUUGUUCUUCUUUUAGCAAUAACUUAGGCUUUCCAACACACAUAAUUACUUUAAAAUCAUGAAUUAUAUAUACUGUUGAACAAUUAUUAAAGUGCCAUCCAAACUUUGCAAAUAUUACACACUUAAAUAUCUUUACAUAUGUUAUGGUAGCUUCCAAUUUUUCCCAAUUCUGAGACCAUUUUCCCAAUUUCACCUGUGUUUGUGGCGUUCCUAAAAUAAUGAAAAAAAUAAAGGCCUAAAACAUAUAGAUAUUAAACACUCUUGUUAGUGUUUUCUGUUUCAUCUUUAAUCUGAACAGUAUGGCUGUGAAAUACUUAAAUUGCAUAUCAAAUACUUAAUAAUAAAAAACAUUUUGUAAAAUAUUUUAUCAAGUCUAUUGUAACUGUAAACUCCUAACAUUUCAGUGACAGUUUUGCAUUUAAUGUAGAUUAGAUAAUAGUUGCAAUGAUUUUACUUUUGCCAACAUUCACGAAAGAUGCCACUAGAAAAUUAGAAUAAUAUUAUUUAUGAAUAAUAAUCAUUACCAACUUUUAGUAACAUCGAUCUAUUGGAAAAUCAAUAACUUUGCCUAUAUAAACAAAGAAGGAAAAAAACACUUAAACUUAAAUAGAAAAAGUUCUAUUUGGAAAUCAAAAAUUCGAUACCCCACAAAUUAAAGUUUAAUUUAUUCCGGAUAUUAUGAAUAUUUUUUUAAAAAAAUAUUUUAAUAUUUGGUUGGUCCUUUUUGACUUUAAAUAGACCCACCUCAGUUCAUAUAGACUCUGUAGGAAACGGGUAAAAAGAAACUGACUUUUUCAAAUAUAACAGAUAAAAUGAGAUAUUUUCCUCAAAAAAUAAAAAAUUCGAUACCCCUAAAAAUGUAGAAAAAUUAUUCAAUUUUCGUUAUGUGUAAUUUGUUUUAGAUUUUAUAAUGAUUUGUUUGGUCCUUUUUGCAUUUUAGUGUGUACAGUGAACAUUUCUUAAAAUAUUCCGGCUUUUUCCGCCGUCAUCCGUAAGUACUCGGAAGCUGUUACGGAAAAUAUUAUCGUCUGCUAGUCUGACUUUGUCGGUACAAAUUGUUAUAGCUCAAAGUCUAUAAAUUGUAGGCAACUUUACAUUGACAAAAAAAAAAAAAAAUGAAAUUGUAAACAAAUUGAUUGUUGAACUCAGAAACGCCGAAACUUAGAUCCGCUGUCGUUUAACAUAACGCUAGGGAGGAUUUAGCGUUCAAUUCGCAUUAAAUAUACAAAUGCUUUUAAUUUUCAUCGCUAAAUAUACUUAAAGCAACUAAUUCUCAUGUCUUUCCGUAAAAUAUUGUCUGUCAGUAACUGAGUUUCAAAGCAUUCUUAAGAAAUAUAACGACGAUUAAUUUAUUAAUUUCCAGUUACCUUUAUUAUUUUUUGCCGAAGGAUCUGGAGACAUUUUUAUUGCCGCGGCGGUCCGGGUCCGAUCUCGGACGCGGUAAUCAUUUUUUCUUCAUAUAGGAUUUUUUAAUAAGGUUUCUUUUUUCUUUUUUAAAUCAUUUUCUAUUAUUCAUAAUAUGACCAAACGUUAAUUUGAACGAUAGCCUUGAUGAACUGAUAAUUCUGCUUUUUUCCGAACCUCCUUUUUAUAUAUUAUUCUGUAUUCUUAAAUUAAUGUAUGUUUUUGGUACAUUUUUUAAUCAUUCGUUUUAAAAAAAUGCGAUAUCUAUUAUUUGAUUUAAUUGUAAAAGAUAUCUUAAAAUUACCCUUUGACUUUUAUUGUGUAUUACAAUAUUGCCUAGGGGUAAACAAUAUCCGGUCAGUGUUGUUUCAAGGCGGGUCAUAAAAGAUAUGCUACCCCACUUACUGUAAGUGAUAGGUAUUUUGACGGUUUUAUGGUUUUUGCGUUGUAAUAUAUGUCUUUCACUUUCUUCUGUCUUUAUAUAGUCUUUUCCCUCUCUUUUAUGAAAUUUGUUUUUACGAUGUUGACCCUUAUUUGAUAUUACUCGAAAUAAAAAACAAUUCAUACAGCCUUCUCUAAAUUUAUUAAACAUGUCACCAAUCUGUACCGACAAUAUAUUCAAAUAGAUAUAGGUACGUGAUAAUAAAACCUUGAAAUAUUGCUUACGAAUUACAUGUAUAUUCAUAUCAUUUCAAAUUAAUAAGUUUGGUUGUGUCGGCCACUCAAAUUUGGUAGCUAGCUCAUCGACCGGAAGGGACCAAGCGUGCCAAACAUUACAAGUGAAAUUGCCAAAAGGAUCCCGGUCGCCGAGUCACCUUUGAAAAUAUAACUAAUGCCAUCAAUUGCUACGCGUCGCAUUACCAAAGGAGUCCCACUGAUCGUGCAAUCAUAGACCCCAGCUUCCAAGUUGACCAUACCAUGAAUCGGUACCAACCUUGAAAGCAAAGGACCCAUAAUCACACUACCAGCUCGAUACCAGGUAUGCUGGUAGAACCUGUAAUGCGUUACUGGCAGCAAACACGUCGACUAGGCCUUACCAAAACUACAUGGGCCAGACCUAGUGACCCGAAGCAACAUUCAGGUCAACGACAGACUACAAACAAACCCGAAGCAACAUUCGAGUUUACCACUACUUAGUGACCGGAAGCAACAUUCGGGUCGACAACAAUAAGUAAACAAGUAACCGGAAGUAACAGUCCAGUUGACAACCAUUGAAAUAACCUGGUGACUCAGAGUAACAAUAACAGCUUACAUAAAGUAGUGACCUGCGAAAUAAGAUAGAAAAAUCCGAAUACGGACGGCCAUGUCUCCUCUUGAACGCAAAAUAGAAUGCCAUCGAGGAGAGAAGUCACGCCCAUAUUCCGAAGUAAGCGAAAUUUGAAAUUGUAAAUAACGAUAACUUGUUAAAUUUACUUCAUAGAAACUGCAACGCCUGGUCACCUUCCGGCCAAUAAGAAUUUUACCGCAAUAUACAACAUAUAAAUAGAGCGACAUAUAUGAAUGAAACCUUAAGAUAGACUGUCCGACUCUUUAUAUACAUACAUUUAUAUUAUUUAGGCAUAGAAUUACGUCUUCAUGAAGUAAAUACACUAAAUGUCCAGAAUUAUGCUGCUUAGUAUACAUGUAAUGUCAAAUAAUUGUCCCAUUAAGCUAGCACAAACUGUCACACGAUAUAAAUGCACAUAAAAUGUGUAAUAAGAACAAACAAAUACCCGAGCACUAUGAUCAUUAACUGACAAAUCACUUCCAAUAAAUCAGUGUCCACACUAAAUAAGUAUAUUACAAAUGACUGUUCACAUCAGCAUUAAUUCCAGGUACCGCUAAGGCGCCUGUUACCAUCUAUUUGAUAAAAUCACAGUCUUCAUAACAAUAUACUGUUUUCACAUCUGAAUUGCAUUCGUCUUAUGGCUCUGGGUACACAAGUUGGUGACACCGUCAGAAUUCAACAUUGAUACAACAGAAAUUUGUAAUGUGGUAUCCUGAAAAUAUAUACAACCAACAGCAAUUCCUGACCAAAAAUAGUUAUCACAUGGUAUAGUAUAGGUGAAACAAUCUUAGUAAUCAAAAAUAUGGUAGCUUUUGCGGGCUGAGGCGGGUAGGGAAAAGUUGUAAGUUCGAUGUUCUAUACAGGUAGACUACGACAUAAGUGAGAAAGGCUGCACGUGUUUUUUGCUUUUAUAAGCCGUUAUUAAGAUUGUUCUCAGCUCAGUAAUUAUGUGUAAUUCGUAUCAGUCAGAAAGUCGGGAACCAGUUAUAAGAAAAGACUGAGAGAUAACCAUGUGACCAUGGCAACGAGCAUAACAAGUAUUUCUUGAAUAAAUAAAUCAAAUUAUUUUUAAUUGAAAAUAAUUUAUCUUAUUUCAUGAAUCGUAUGACAGUAGAAUCAGUACAAAUUUAGAAUUCACAUCGUUGUUCCGUAAAUAUUUACUGAGUAAAGAUCCUGGCCCAAAUUUCACGAAAAAUAUUAAGUUAUUACUAAGUUAAGUCUGCUAUUCUAAAAUUGAGAUAUUGAUGAAGUUAUUGUUAUUUAAUGUUGUAGUAGUAUUUGUCAGCAGUACCUAUUCAAGUCAUGCAAAUAUAAUAUUUCUAUUUAGACACGAUAUAAGAAACUUAAUCCUUACCAUGCUAAAUUAUAAUAAUGACCUUGUCUAUCUUUCAAUUUGGACAGUACUAUUAUUUAUAAAAAGGGUGCAUACCAAAAACAUUACUGGCUGAAUGGCAGACAGUGCAGAUCAUGAUCAGUCUGCACGGAUGUGCAGGCUGAUCAUGAUUAACACUGAUUACAAAGGAAGAAACAGUCGUGUCCAGCAUGGUAAGGGUUAAGUAUUUCCUUUUAAAAGUAUAAGUCUUAUUUCUAUACUUCUUUUUCUUUAAAGCGACUGGCCUCCAGAUCGUUCGACAACAAAAAUACUUUUUUAAAUAUCUCGAAAAAAUUCUAUAUUUCUUAUGAAGGCUUCAAAACUUAAUUACUGACAAACUUUAUGUUAUGGAAAUACAUGAGAAUUUGUUGUUUUUACUACCUUUUACGAUGAAAAUCGAAAAACGUUAGUGGUUUAGAAUUUUGAAAAUAUUUUAGAAUCAAAAGCAUAUAUUCUAAUGUUCAUAAUAUGUGAAAGAAAGCGCGUAUAGAGGAUGUAUAUACGCUUUCUAAAUAUUUUAGAUAACAUAUUCAUAUUCUUGAAUAUUUAUUUUAUUUACAGUCAGUUUCUUGUGCGUAAAUAUUUCUUUUCUGUACAUAGAUAUACGUUAGCAUGAUGUUUCAUGUAUUAAAAAGAAAGUAAAUCUAUGCGUUCGAUGUAUAAAAUGUAACGAUAUCGAAAUAUUUUAGAUAACAUAUUCAUAAAUAUUACUUUUAUUUGACAAUUAAUAAAGUAUUAUAUAAAUUUUCGACUUGUUCCGAUUUUCACUUUAAUAAUUAUCAAAACUUCUUUCAAUUCAAAUAUAUCGUUUAGCAAACCACCAACCUGUAAAUGCAUGAGAUAAUGACCAAAGAUGUUAAUUAUCGAUUUUUCCCCGUCUUACUACAACAACAACAAGUAGUACGGAAAUCAACGAAUCCGUCCGGUAGCGAUGAUAUUGGAUUAUUGGUUUUAUUGAUUUUUAUGAUAGGUAGAUCUGUCCCGCUUUAUUGGUUUCAAGAUGUUACUAAAAGUUGGUAAUGCCGUGUUAUGUCCUAAAACACAAGUAUUCACGCUUUUCAAGUUCUUGAAAUGACUUAAUAAAGCUGGUGCAAAAUUUACCCAAUGUACAGUAUUUUCAAAGUAAUAUUCACAAACAAAUAUGCUGGUAUAUUCUGCUCAAAUGUACACUCUCAACUUUUAUUCUUUUGUGUAAAGGAUUUUUUUCUCAUUCUUUAGAAGGUUGUUACAUAUCAACAGUCUAAAUAAUUUACAAUGCAUUAUUCAGAACAAAGUUUCUUUUAUGAUAGGUCUGUUGCAAUAAUUAUUCUUGACAUUUUUGUAUGUUUAUACCACAAUAAAAUUCAUUGCAUUUUUUUGUUGUAAAUAUGGUAAUGUCAUCUUGUUAUUUAUAUAUUUCAAUAAUACUGAUUUGAACUUCCCAUGCUCUAAAAAUCAGCACUUUUUUAUAACCUAACUUAUGACAUGCUUUCAAUGUGGUAUAGCUUUCUUAUAUAUAUUGUUUUGGAAAACAAACUGCUUGUGUAUAUUUAUUAUGAAAAGUUCAUUCUUUGCAAAGAAAAACUUGAUUUUUUAAUAUUUUUUCCAAGGAUAAGUAAAGAGUGUCGGUAGAGGUGUAAGGUAAGGUAAUCUGUGCCAUAUGACCUAACCUUCAAUCACUUAGCUCUAAAUUAAGCAGUUGUUUACUGCAUUACCUAUGAAAUCAUUUAAUUUCAUGGGUAUGAAACUUCCUGGUUUGGACCAAAACAGCUCUUUCGUUUGGAUAUGACUAAAUUCACAGUAUUUUUGAAAAACAAAAUUUUUACGCAUUUCAGGAAUUGUUCAAGAAUGCAUGGUUUAACCUUCACAUAAGCCUUAGAUUUUUUUUCUGUAAAAGUAAUAUUCAAAGUCUCGUCAAAGUUUAUUAGAAAAAUAAAUAUAAAGCCUGCCCUGUGAGGCCACUUCAUGUUACUGAAACCUUGGGUGGAGUUUCAAAGCAAUUGGUGCUGUAGUUGCUAAGAAACAUGCAAAAUCUGUGUGACACAAAUGCAAAAAUAAUGGUGUGACACUUGUUUAUACAUAUAACAACAUUAUGAACAAUUUCUGAUCAGUUCCCAGUAGCAUAUUUUCAGAUUACAGGUAUCACUACGUCACACUCAAUGCGGUCAACCCUAUCAUUAGUAACAAACAUUCAUGGCAGAGAGAUUUUCGGACAGUAGAAUUCUGUAGCACAUAGAGUUAAUUACUGUAAGAAUUGCAUUUGCACAUUUUUAUCUCACAGUAAAUGAUGUACCUGGCCAGUGUUGCAAAAUUUGCUACAUUUAAAGCACUAAAAUGCUUUUGGUGCAUUUUGUUCAUAUCUUUUUUAAAUAAUCAUGGAUGAAAUAUACAUGUAAUAAUUGAUCAUGUAUACAUAAUUAUGAGACUUUUUGCCAUUAUUCUUAGUAAAAAAAAAAAAGAAAAUGCGCAUAAAAUGUCUUAACAAUUGGCGAAAAGGGCAGUUGGAAUAAGAACAUCUGCAUGACUUUGAUAAAUAAAUAAAUAAAUAAAUAAAUAAAUAAAUAAAUAAAUAAAUAAAUAUACGAUAGUAUAACUUAAAACAAUAAUGGGUUGUAAUUUUAUAGCCCAUUUAAAACUACUUAAUUAAUGUACCGAGUGAAGGUGCUGGACAAACUUUUUAACUAAUAUUUUCCACGAUGUUAUUAGAUGAUAUUUGUUAAUUAUAAUAAAUUGAUUGUAUAUUGUAACAAUCACUGCUUUUGUUUAAGAUGAAAAAUGACAAAAGAUAAAGAAGGAUAUUGUUAAAUUAAAUUUGAAUUUAGUAAUUUUUACACAUCAUAAUUAUUAUUUAUAUAAUCUUGAAUGAUGGUAAAAAAAAAAAACGCAGAAAAAAGCUAUCGUUUCAUUUUUGUCACAUAUUUAAAUUUGUAACAUUUGUUCUGACAAAUUCUACUUGUUUUUUCUUUACUUUAUUGUUUGACGCGGCAUUAUUAUCAUUUUAGUCCUAUUUAGGUUAUGUAUCACGAGUCUAGUGACUACUGUAAUACAUCAUCCCCACAAAAUUUGGAUUGAGAACGAAUUAUUUCAGAUUUAUUUUCUCUGGACAAAUUGUCACUGAGAUUGAACUCGCAACAUCUGGAUUGGUCCAACUGAGUUGACUCAAAACAAAACAGUAAACUUUCUCACAAAUUAAAAAAAGUUGUUCAUGAUCUCCCCACUCUGGUUAUCAAAAAAGGGAAAAUUGUUUUAUACUGACAGAUCACAUUAUGUAACUUUUAUAUAUGUAUUUUCUUUUUGAUUGAUCUAAGGGUUCAGUAACAGGUGUUUCAUUUUCCUAUGGAUAAAAUUUUUUGUUUACUUUCACCAAUCAUAAUACAGAACAAUGUGUGAUUUGAUUUUAUAAAAAGUUUUCCUGAAUCAUUAUUUCUUAUAACUAUAAUGUCAUAACUCUCAUUCAACAUGAAUAAGAUAAUCUAACUUGGUGUGAAUUAAAAAGUUUACUGCCUGUUAAUAUUAAUAAACAAUAACACCAAGUAAAGUAAAAGUUUUCUGUUAUUCAGUCUACAGAGUUCUAGGACAUGUCUGAAAUCCAUUUACAGCUCUUAAACAGAAAAAAUAAUGUGUAUAACAUUAUACAACCAUCACGUCAUUCUAAAAAUAGACACAGGGGCUGAUUAGAGAAUGUGCUAUAAGAUAAAAUUACAAAGUUUAAAUGCUAAGUCUGGGAACAUGAUCCCUUUCUCACACCAUAGAGAGUUGUUAAAUGAAGUCAUUUCCCACUAGUCAUUUUGUUAAAAUCAAUACCCCAGCUGUAUUAAAUUUCCAGGUGUUUUUUUUUUCUCUUUCUUUAUCACUACCUGACUUGUGACACAUGUUUUACUGCCUUUAUAUAUUUCAGUUUAUUGGUUUUUACCUUUACUCAUUCUCAUUGACUUUAUUCAGCAGUGUGUUAUGUUUUUCAGUUUUUUAGAAAAAGAAAUACACAUAAAAAAACAUCCAGAUUGAUUUCCAAAUACCUUGUCUGAACUUACCAUAAAAAAGAGAAAACAAGUUUAAGGAAACAUUUAAUAAAACCUGAGAUAAUGAGUUUGGAGAGAUCUCAAGAAAAAAUCAGAUUUAAGCAAACCUAGUGAAGUGAUUAACAAGUUCUGUUACAUGGAGUUUUCACAGAAUUUCUUCUCUUCCCCCACCCCCACCUCAAUAUUCCCCUGAAACAGCCCUUUUGGCCGAAACAAUAAAAUUUCAUGUCUAUGAACCACUGUAGCUGUUUUGGCCAAAAGCACAACAUUUUAUGCAGACAAAAUUGAUCCAUUUUUACAGGAUAAUCAUUAAAGAAAGUCACCACAGCAGUGUCCAUGUAUGUUUACUGAACAGACUGUUUCAUAGGAACAUAGAAAUAUAUUUGAAAUAUUUUAUCUCUUACCCUUGAAAUUUACUAGUCUCUCGACUUUCAUGUUGUACUCGUUCUUUAGUUUCAUGAAAAAUGUAAUUUUUUUGUUUUACAGGUUGUUGUGUGUUCUUGUUUGGCAAUGUUUUGUAUAUUCAGUUAUUUCUAGCUGUGAAUAUGUUUUUGUGCAAUCAUAUUUUUAUAUUCUAGAUGCCAGACUGAAUUGAUUCCUAGAUAUCUGUACCAUCAUGAUUUCUUGAUAAAACUUAGGACCGAAGGGCAGAAUUUUGAAUCUAGUUUACCACUUUUGGUUUAAAAUGAAGUACAGUCAAACCUGUGAACAAAGACCACUCUUCGGAACAAACAAAAGUGGUCUUUGUUCACAGGUGGUCUUUAUUUGGGGCAAAGUAAGCCAUUAUCAUGCUGAUAAAAAGUAUUUCUACAGUUUCUUACUUUCUUUAUGUUCUAUGUACCCGGUAUUAAUUUGGCUGGUGCAAACUUGCAAAUUUUCAAUCAAACAGUAAUUAUUAUGUUUGCUAUAAUACAACAGUCGAUAAAAUUCAGCGGAUUUCAAAUAUUUUCAUGCCAGAAUGGUCCAGCUUGGCCGUUAUUGGGGGGCAGAUAUGACCCUUGGGAAUGAAUUGGACCGGUCGCUGGUCACGGUCGCCAGGUGGUCGCUAUUCACCGCCUUUUUAUGAGCAUUUUUCUAUGGGGGGACCAGAGACCGGUCUUUAUCGACAGGUGGUCGCUAUUCACGGGCGGUCGCUAGCACAAGUUUGACUGUAGUCUCAAAAUCUGUUCAAUUUUGUAUUUUGUAAAAUAAUUUUAACUGCUAUUUGGUGUAAACUUAGUGAAAAAAAAUGUGUUUUGCAAGUACGAAGAGAUGUUUUUUUCUUUUAUUAUGUUAUUUCACCAUCUCAGAUGCACAAGGUUUUCUCUCAUUUCUCCAUGGGAGUACUGGGUAGUUAAUAAGUACCAAAAUAUUAUCUUCAGCUAAUCAGUGUAAUGAAUAAGGUUUAAGUUUUUUACCUGGAGGUUUUUGGUUUAAAUUCACAUCUCCACUGGUUUCCAAUGCUCCUUUAUUCCACACCCAAUGUAACUACAGAGUUCUUCAAAUAACCAUCACAGUAUAGAACUUGGUGCAUCAAAUUACAAGAUGAAAGGGCAGAAAAAGUUUGAUGUGCAAUAGCUGCAUCAGUGUUUCUGAAUGAUUUUCAAAGGCCUUUCCUCUCAGAUCUGGAUCAUAUAGUUUUUUCUUACCAUUAUAUUUGGCUUUCAAUUUAAAAAGUACCAGGGUAUACAAGUUAAAAUCAAGAUGGGCGGAUUCUAGGAAUUAGUUCAAAAUGGGUAUUGCUUUUUAUCAUUCAUCACUGUGUUAUUGAAUAUGCAUUUUGAGUACAUUUCUUAUCAGUAUAAUUUAUUGUAUCUAUGCAAUUAGUGAAAUAAAGUUAAAUACAUGAAA